CUAUCUCUCUCUUCAUUACCCUUCUCUCUCCUCCUCUUUAAAUCUUCUUUUUUCUCUCUCACUCAUGCCACACUUCUGAUUUUCUCUCUCUUUUUAUACAAGCUCCUCAAUUUUCAUUUCUUCAAGGGUUUCAGAGUCAAGAAUGUCUAAAGAAGUUAUUGCUACUCCGUCAGCUGCUCCUUUUGAGUAUGAGAUAUUGGAUAGUGAUGCUGAAAUCCUUAGAACUGUUAAAGCCUCAUCCAAUAGCGCAAAUCCAUGGAUUGAACCUGAAAGGUUGAAAAUUAGACACAGAAUUGGUCGUGGCCCCUUUGGUGAUGUUUGGCUAGCAACUCAUCAUCAGUCAACCGAAGAUUAUGAUGAGUACCAUGAAGUUGCUGCUAAGAUGUUACAUCCACUCAGAGAGGAUCAUGUGAAGAUUGUAUUAGAGAAGUUCAAUGAAUUAUAUUUGAAGUGCCAAGGAGUUGCUAGUGUUUCCUGGCUACAUGGAAUUUCAAUCCUAAAUGGAAGGAUAUGCAUCAUUAUGAAUUUGUACGAGGGUUCAAUUGGUGACAAGAUGGCGCGACUCAAAGAGGGAAGGAUUUCGUUGCAUGAUGUUUUAAGGUAUGGAAUCAAUCUGGCUCAAGGUGUUAUUGAACUUCACUCUAGAGGGAUCCUCAUUCUCAACCUUAAACCAUUUAAUGUUCUUCUCAAUGGUAACGAUCAAGCAAUUUUGGGAGAUGUUGGUAUUCCCACUCUUUUGCUUGGCUCCUCAUUCCAAAGCUCAGAUAUGGCUAAGAGACUUGGAACUCCAAAUUACAUGGCUCCAGAGCAAUGGGAACCAGAGGUCAGAGGUCCUAUAUCCUUUGAAACAGAUUCUUGGGGAUUCGGUUGCACCAUUGUGGAAAUGUUGACUGGUAGUCAACCUUGGUAUGGAUGUCCUGUUAGCAGAAUAUUCCAGUCGGUUGUUGAAAAGCAUGAAAAACCCAAUAUUCCAAGUGGCCUUCCUUCUUCAGUUGAGAAUAUCCUCAGCGGAUGCUUCGAGUAUGAUUUGAGGAAUCGCCCUUUAAUGGUGGAUAUUCUGAGUGUCUUUCAAAGUGCUCUGAAUGAACAGACCAACGAUGAAGGAUGGAGAUACCUAGGAAAUCUCAAAGUCAUCCCGAAAUCAGGUAGCACUGACUGCACAGAGUGGUUCCUCUCAAAGGAUCAUCUUCAGGUGGGUGACAUGGUCCGGUCUAGAAAGCCUUUUAAUUCACGCACAUCUCAAAACAUGAACAUCCCAGAAGGAACCGUCGUUGGUUUAGAGCGUAUCCCAGAUAACAGGUUCCCUCUCGUGAAAAUCCAAGGUAUCCAAGACCCUGUCAGAAUUCCCGCAUCAUAUCUCAAACGUGUCACACUCGGCCUGGCAGCCGGCGAUUGGGUACGCUUGAAGGACGAAAAUGAGAAGCACUCGUCAGUCGGUAUUCUACACACCAUUGACCGUGACGGUAGAGUGGCUGUCGGGUUUCUUGGGCUGCAAACUAUCUGGAACGGAACAUCUGACGAACUUAAAAUGGCAGAACCGUACUGUGUGGGCCAGUUUGUCAGGCCAAAAGCCGGCGUUUUGAGUCCUCGGUUUGAAUGGCGCCGCAAAAGGGGAGGAGCCUUUGCUGCUGGGAGGAUCUCAUGGAUUCUUCCAAAUGGGUGUUUGGUGGUCAAGUUUCCAGGAAUGCUGCCCUUUGGCAAUGAGCCAAGCACCUACUUGGCUGAUCCAUCUGAGGUUGAAGUGGUGGAGUUUAGGACAUGUCCUGGUGUGAUAGAAAAGUACCAACAUGUGGAGGAUCAUCACUGGGUAGUUAGGCCUCUUCUGAUUGCAUUUGGUCUAUUCACUGCUUUCAAAUUUGGCAUAUCAAUUGGAAACAAAGUGAGGAGGAACAACAAGGUCAGUGCAGUAGAAAGUGAAAGUCAACAUGUUGAAGCUAAGAAUGUCAACUCUGCUAUAACUGCAAAAUCUCCCAGUGCUGUGAAUUCAGGCAACAAAACAUGGGUUGUUCCUGCGGUUGCUAAUAUGCUUUUUAAGGAAGGUGGUGGUAACACAACCAAUGGUCGGUAGUUUUUUUUUUUAAUUUUUUGUGUUUCUUUUUAUCUCAGAACAGUUAAAGUAAUAAACAUGAUUUAAGAUGGUAGGUAGUAAUUAUACAUGAAUGUCAUCAGGGCUGGGUCUGAAUGUAGACACUGUACAUAUUCUACAACAGGAUUAGCUCUGUGCAUAGUCUGCGCCAAUGCUUUGCAGAAUGAACACAAAAAAUUCGUUAUCUGCUUCCUGAUAUUUUUUUUUGAAAAAAAAUGAAGGGUAGGACUUAGGAGCGAAAUAAGCAAUGAAUCAAGAUGCACCUACGUGUUGGUUCUUGAAGCAUUGAUAAUUUGAUAUAA